UAAAAACAUUGUUCCGAGUUCCAAAAAGCGAGAAAUUGUUAAUUAACUCUUAAUUAACGCACGAACAUUCAUCGAAUCAAGCUUUAUAGUUAACAAACGGACCGAAAAAAGUGCACCAAAUUGUGGUCCAACCGGUGUCGGUGUGUCGAUGGUGGGUGGUUGAAUGACGGGUGGAGGGUGGAUGACGGGCGGCGGUGGGGCGGUGGGGCGGUGGGGUGAUGUAAAACUGGUUUUUCUCCUCCUCUGGGCGCCUCCUUUGUAAAAUCCAAAGCCGGGCAGCCUUCCGAUCGGAUCGUCGCGACCGGGAUCGGCAGUUUCGCGGAAACCUCGGACCAACACGGACCUCCAGCAGUCGCCAGCCGGUGCCACGGACGAACCCACCCCCCCAAACACCCGCAGGACUUGUGACCGGCCGACGGUUUAUCGGUGACAUAAUCGAUAUCCGGGAUUUAUCUUAUCGGACCACGGAUUCCUGCCCCGCUGGCCUCCUUCCUCUUCCCGGCUUAUGUAACGUGGCCGGCAAACUCCGUCAACACCGUUCUCAAUCCGGAAUACCCGGGAAUACCGGUGACCCACAAAAGCCUCGCGCGCGCGUAUAACGGCAUCCAGGCCAUCGGACCGUGAACGUGAAAUCGAGGUGGCCAGCGUCGAUAGUCGUGAUCGAGAAAGUUGGACUUAAACGCGAUCCACGUGCCGAGUGUGUUGUUGUGCGAGUUUGGAAAAGAAAAGAAAGUUUUCUCCGGAGUGUGGACACGACGUCGCGCAUCUGUGUUUCACUCGACCCCGAGGCGUGUGCGUGGAGAAAGCAUCUUCGUCCGCUGGACCAGCUAGUGAGUGAGUGCCAAGAAGAAGCAGGAAAAUGGGCAGCAACAAUGUGACCCAGAGCAGGUGGCCGGAACGUGUCGGUAUUUUGGCGCUGGAGAUCAUCUUCCCGUCGCAGUUCGUCGAUCAGACGGAGCUCGAAACGUUCGAUGGAGUAUCGGCCGGCAAGUACACGAUCGGGUUGGGCCAGCAGCGGAUGGGUUUCUGUUCCGAUCGGGAGGACAUUAACUCGCUCUGUCUGACGGCCGUACGCAAUCUGCUCGAUCGGCAUCAGGUGCCGUUGUCCCGGAUUGGACGUCUCGAGGUCGGCACUGAAACCAUCGUGGACAAAUCGAAGAGCGUAAAGUCGGUGCUGAUGCAGCUCUUCGAACCGGAGGGUAUCACCGAUCUAGAAGGCAUCGAUACGACCAACGCCUGCUACGGUGGUACGGCAGCCCUUCUGAAUGCGAUCAACUGGGUUGAAUCUUCCAGCUGGGAUGGCCGUUUGGCGCUCGUCGUUUGCGGUGACAUUGCGGUGUACGCCCAAGGAUCGGCCCGUCCGACGGGUGGUGCCGGUGCCGUGGCCAUGCUGAUCGGUCCGAAUGCACCGCUCUGCAUCGAUCGGGGUGUACGAGCGACCUACAUGAAGCAUGCGUACGAUUUCUACAAACCUGACCUCAGCUCCGAGUACCCGGUGGUCGAUGGAAAGCUAUCGAUCCAAUGCUACCUAAGUGCCCUUGAUGCGUGCUAUCAGCUGUACCGGAAGAAGUUCUCGGAACGCCAUCCGGACGUAGCGCCCGUUACGCUCGACACCUUCGAUGCCCUCAUCUUCCAUAGUCCCUACUGUAAGCUGGUCCAGAAAUCGUUGGCUCGCAUCGGGCUGAAUGAUUUCGUGCUGGCCACGGCGGAAGAGCGGGCCGCACGUUUCCCAGCGCAGAUCAGUGAGCAGUUUGCUACGGUGCGUCUCGAGGACACGUACUUCGACCGGGACGUGGAGAAAGCCUUCAUGACGCAGUACGCAUCCGUCUUCAAAGCGAAAACGGCACGUUCGCUGCAUCUGGCGGCCCAGGUCGGCAACAUGUACACACCAUCCGUGUACAGCUGUCUCGUCUCGCUGCUGAUCGGUUCCGAGGUGGACGAACUGCUCGGUAAACGCAUCGGUGUGUUCUCGUACGGUUCCGGGCUUGCCUCGUCGAUGUACUCGCUAAGUGUGACCGCGGACCGGGAACGGCUGGCGGAGUUUAAGCGUCAACUCAACUACGUUCAGCCCCUGCUUGAUCGACGGGUCAAGGUGGAUCCGACCGAUUUCACCGCGUUGAUGGAGAUUCGCGAGAAGAACAAUCAUGCGGCCCCUUACGAACCGACCGGUUCGGUGGACGUACUCUUCCCAGGCACCUACUACCUGAAGGCCGUCGAUUCCAUGCACCGGCGGACGUACGAACGUGUUCCGCCGGAACAACCCGCUUCGUAAGGGAGAUCGCGCAGCUUCUUCUCCUUCGACACAUAUUUAAUGAAGCAACUCGUACUCGAAGGACCACAGAGAGCCGUUAGAAAACGGGGGGGUUGGUUUUGGAUCAAUAUUUGAGGGAUGGAGAGAUAGAGAGAGAGAACUCGGCCAGACAUGGGUCAACUACAAGUAGGAGCAACACAAUCUCUUUCUCUCUCUCUCUCUCUCUCGCUUUCCUUAUUUGUCUUUUGGUUAUAGGGGAUUUAGAUUUAAAUGCGCAGCUCCGGGUGAGCCCCUUCCGGCAUAAAUUCCCGUGACUAUCCGAUGGUCUCGUGGAAGCUACGUUUCUCUUUACCGCCCCGCCCAGCCGGCUCAUUUUCUCAUUAUCUCCUCAUCAUGGUUCUUUCUCACCGGUGUCGUACUACCGAUAGUGUUUAGUAUAUUGUGUUUGUUUGUUUUAUUCUUAAAGAAAUAUAUUAUGACAAGGAACAAAAA